AUGUCAAUGCCGCAGCACAGCACGCCCAUCGCCGCCGGCGUCGGCGCAAGGCGCGAUGUAACGAACAGGUCGGCGCGGCGGAAAUCCGCCACGACGCAGGCGCCGCAGCGGGCAAGAGAAGCAUGCAGCUUCGCCCGCUGCUCCGUCUCGACGCCGACGAGAAAGACGCGUAGCGGGCACCAUCGCAGCAGCAGUGCCGCGCCGUGUGUCCCGAGCAGAAGGGAGAACUCCCGCCACGCCGCGGCAGGACCGUCGGCGGGGACGCGGAAUGUCUCGCCUUUUGCCAGCUCCUGUCGCGAUGCGGUGCGGCGGCAUAGCUGCAACUCCCUCGUAAGGACGUCGGGACCGUCAUUGUUGUCCUUGCUGCCGCCGUUGGGCGAGGAGGGACACACUUCAGUGCCGUACGUAGACGUGUCUGUGACGAUGAUGUGCGACGAUGGCGCCUCGUCAUCCACGUCUUCCCCCUCCGUCUGCCGCUGCUGCGCCUCAAACGGUCGCAUGACAACCUCCAAUCUGAGGUGCUUGCGGCUCACGCUGGCAUCGCCCUUGAUGACGAUGUCGCAGUCAUUCUUGCCAACCGUGUACGCCUCCCCGCCCAUGAGCCAGUAG